GUAGUACUAGUAGGUAAGGUACGAGAGAGAGAGAGAGAGAGAGAGAGAGAGAUCUGAUACUUUGUUUAUCGCAAAUAACAGAAUGACAACUAAGAAGUCUGCCCUGUUCAUCUGCUUGGGUAACAUCUGCAGAUCACCCAUCGCAGCAGCUGUUUUCCGGCAGGCAGUGAGGGACAGGGGUGAGGAGGACAAGUGGGUAGUGGAGAGUGCUGCUCUAGGCUCCUGGCAUGUUGGCAAUCCUGCAGACUAUCGGGCUCAGGAGACCCUCAAAUCACACAACGUCGACCACACACACUCUGCCAGACAAAUAACGAAAGCCGACUUCAACACAUUCGACUAUAUCUUCGGGAUGGAUGAUGAGAACAUGAAGGCGCUAUCCAGGAAAGCACCGGAGGGCUGCAAGGCAAAGGUCUUACUGCUGAUCUCCUUCGACCCAAAGGGCGACAAGACCAUCCGGGACCCUUACUAUGACUCCGAUAGUGAAGGCUUUGAGACCUGCUACCAACAGUGUGUGCGAGCAUGCAAUGGGUUUCUGGACAGUUUAUCUAAAUAGUAAGUUUUAUUUUUUCGAUUGGUGACAGAUCGGAUACUGAUGCUUUUUUUAUGUUUAUCAACUUGAAUCAGCACAUUUCCUUAGCUUAUCUCAAAAUUGGUUCCAUUAUUUUUAACUUUCUUCUAGCCAUAAUGUGAUAUGUAUGGAUUGUUUAUACUUGGGCUUUUUCCUAGAAUAAUACAAAAGCAUACAGAAGGACAAAUUACAAUACUAAAUAUACAAAACUAAAUAUUAUUCGUCUUAAGUAAAAUUAAUGCAGUUACAAAGAAGAAGAAUUCAAUUACGUAUAAUAUUAUAUGUAAUAUUGCAUUUUCUUUAUUAGUUUCAUCUAGGAUUACAUUAACACUAGAUUUCCCUGAAGAUUUUAAUUGUUUAACCCUUUCAGGGCCAGGAGCAAAUAUG